AUGGCAAAUACCAUACUCAAAGCAACCUAUGAGGGUUACAUCAGGGACACCACCGAUGCUCUCAAAAUCUUCGAGGCUUGCUUGAAUGGCCACCUCAUGCACACCUCUCGACGACCACACGAUCGGGAACGCCCAACCCUAAUCACAAGCGGGAAUGUCUUCGUUUACGAAGAAGGGUGUUCCGGGAUCAAGCGCUGGACCGACGGCGUGAAUUGGAGCCCAAGCCGAAUCUUGGGCAACUUCCUGGUGUAUCGCGAGAUGAACCAGGCCUUCGCACCGGGGGAAAAGAAGCGGGCCUCGAAGAAGCCCAAGAAGCAGGCUGGGGGGGUGACCAAGGCCUACGAUCAACGACCACAGGCCACCCAUUUCUCCAGCCUGCCCAACGACCCUGCUGUUGCAGGCGAUGGUGUUGGUGGGGAAGAAGACCGGGACCUCGUAGGGUCACUCACUGACUCCUACGACUUCAAACCUAAUAGUCUCAUCAAGAAGACUAUUAGUAUCACGCACAAUGGUAUUCCUCACCACCUGGUGAGUUAUUAUACCAUUGAUGACGUGAGGUCUGGGCGUCUUGUAAGGCCUUCAGAUCACGACUAUUGGAAGCAUACCCAGCCUCGGAUCACGCUCACGACGGGACAGAACUUCAGGGUCCCAUUAGAGGAUGGGGAGGAGUCACGUGUUGCUGUAUCACAUGAACAACACGUGAUGUCCUAUCCCUACCACCACGACUACCAGACCUUCCAUCAUCAUUAUGGAAAUGGGUCUCGGGGGCCCUUUCCUUACAGCCCCCAAAAUGGCACCUAUGUCCCUGUCCCAGCUCCUGUCCCAGCUCCUAUCCCUGCUCCCCCCCACAUCCGUGUCCCUGCCCCUGCACAUGGCCCCACUCCCCAGGAUAGUUCCUACUAUACUAUGCCUACUGCCUAUUGGCAAUAUUCUAAUAUGUUGCAAUAA